AUGUCUACCUUCCAGUCCGAUCAUUUCGUCAAGCCAAGCGCCCGAAUUGACCCAGACAUCGAGUGCAUCGAUUUCUUCCUCCGAGGCGUCGACGGAAGCCCCUGCUUCAACGACUUCCGCCGUGCGAACUUCCUCGUCUACGAAAAGCUCGAAGUCGGUCUCGACAAGCACGCUCAGCACAUCUUCCUCGCUGGCGCCGACCUCGACCUCCUCCCUGACUUCUUCCACGGAGACCAAGGCAACCGAGAGCACCCCGAAGCCUUCGUCGAGUACCCCAUUGAGCACUUCUUCCAGCACUUCGUCGAGCACCUCGACUACCUCGUCGACUACCUCGUCGAGCAAGUCUUCAAGCACCUCGACUACCUCGUCGAGCAAGUCUUCAAGCACCUCGACUACCUCGUCGACCACUUCGUCGAGUAUAAGAAUUCUUCUUCGGCGCCUGUCAAGACAAGUGAUAGGAAGACUAGCGCUCCUGAGUCUUCCACCAAAGCUCCCGAGACCUCCACCAAAGCUCCUGAGACCUCCACCCAGGCUCCGACUUCUGUGAAGAGUACGUCCCAAACUCAGAAGCCGGAAUCGACCAAGGAGCCUGUCACGACGGAAUCCGAGACGCCGAGUCCGACAACCACCUCUGAGGCCCCUGCUCAGACCGAGUCGAAGGCCCCAGUCCCAGAGCCUACGGAUGUUGAGGAAGAGCCCCCAAGGCCAGAAACCUCCUCCAGGCAGCCGACCCAAGCCGACUCCCCCGGACCUGCCCCGCAGCCUGAGCCUCAGCCCACCGGCCCUGCCCCGACGGUCCCUCCUGGUAAGCCUGAGCCUACGGUAACGCGUGAGACUCCGACGGACUGCACGGAAAUGCGCUACCACGGCCUGCGAGAGCUGGAUUCCCCGACCGAAACCAUCUGGAAAUCCCGAUCGUGCACGAAGACGUACACGGAGACAGCUUACUGUGAGAAGCGGUGUACCAAGGUUAUCAAGCCUGAGAGCACGGAUACCGGGUACACCACUCGAACGGACUGUCCCAAGACGGCGACGUGCACUCCGACGGUGGUGUGCGAUACCCUGACGACAACAACCACGACAUCGUACACGACUCGCACAGAGGAGCCGACGCCCGGUUGCUUGGCCAAGAGGAACUCAAUCGACAGCCACGCCAAGUUCCUCCUCGCGUUCGGAGCGAUUGACGAGAUGGGUGACCCGGAGAAUUUCGACCCCAACAAGCCGGUGCCCUCUCCGAGUGCUUCUCAAGGUGGCCUCAAGGCAGCUGCUGCUCCUGAGGUCACUGCGGUUGCAAUGGUUCCCCGCGAUCCCUCCACCGCCGCCUUAGUACCAGCCGUUGCCGCCCAAAGCGAUGUUCCGGACAAGCCCGUCGAGUACCUUGCAUACAAGGAUUUGCUAACGACCCCGACCAUAUGGCCCGGCGGCGUAAGUUCUUGGUGGGAGCGGGUACAGGAACAAUUGUUCCUCAACGGCGCGGGAUCUCCUCUUCUCCUGGCCGCAACGUUCUGGAAGGACCAAUACGCGCCGAACCACGCGCUGUUCUCGCCCUUCGCCGAAACUCCGAUCGCAACCGGUAUCAAGAACCUCCUCGGGUGUCCGACGUUUGCCAAUCCGGAAGUGGGCGAGGACCCCGCGACAGCCACGCCGUACGAUGCGGAUGCGGCGUACGAGGACCGGGUGACCAAGUUCCUGAAGGAGGGCAAUUGGUACGGCGCCAUGGUGGACGAGUACGGGACUAUGGCCAAGAACGAGUCGAGCAGGGCUUCAGCAUCGCUCGUUGAUCUCACGAGCAGCGGCGGCCCUCUGGCCCAAAACACGAGUUCUUGGUUGUUCCUCACGUUGAUCCGACCAUCGCCUUCCGCCGAGCCCGAAGGACGCGACAACCCGGACGACACGAUCGACAGGCUCCGAGACGACUUGGCCAAGCUUCUCGGCAUCCCGGAGAGCUCGGCUCGAGUCAUUGAGUACCCCAACAACGUCUCGGAAGAGUGGAAACUCCUUUCUCGGAUUCCUGGAUGGAACAGGGCCAAGAACGACUACUGGGUCAGGAACGCGGGCCACAACGGCGUCUUCAUCCAGUACGCGCCUGGGGCUACCUUGAGCGCCAGGGAUAAGACAGCGCCGCACCGGCACCUCAAGGUCUGGUUCAACAAGGAGCUCAUCAUGCAGGAGAUGUGGUGCCCUGGCCGCGGCAAACUCAAGAGGCCGAGACUGCCCGAUCCCAUCUGGAAGCCGAUCGAGGCACCGGUACCGCCCGGGGACCAGCUCGCGCCCAAAGACAUGUAUGAGAGGGCGGCCGCCGAGCACAACAGUCACAGGGAAUUGAAAUGUGCCAAGGAACCGCCCACCAAGAUCUGCACGAUGGACGUCUCACAAACGGUCCUCCCCGUCUGGAAGCCCAAGGUCAACGGAGUCAUGGACAUCAUCGACGAGCAGGGCCGACGCGCGCACAUUCAAGAUUACAGCGUGGAGUUUGGUCAGUUCGUCACGUCCCCUCCGGACCAGAACAAGCUCGGGUUCAACGUGACGGCGGUGUUCGACGGCGACUGGGACGAUCACGUCGUUCAAUCCGGGUACGGCUGCUCCUGCGUCGACGGGGUCUGCGACAUCUUCUCGCCGGCGUGCUGCGGGCAAAACAGCGACUGCCCGGCCGCGUGCGUCUGCGAGGGGACUACCUGCACGCCCGAUUCGCCGGCGUGCUGUGCGCUGGAUACGUGCCGGACUCGCGACUGGAACGAUAUCCGGGACUACCAGUUCAGACAGUGGGACGUCCGGAUCAUGGUGGAGGGCGAGAGGGGCCUCAUCUUGACGCAGGAUGGGAUUUCCAACCGCUUCAACUGCACUUCGACGGAGUGGCAGAAUCUCCCGGAGAGCCCGAUCCCUGGGUGGUGCACACCGAAAUGGUCACCCACGAUGCUUUAA